UUGACACUACAGGAAAAGAAAUACCGAAGGCCUUCAGAAUGAUACUUCGGCUGUCGACAUUAUUUUUUCUCGCGAGUAUUAGCAAUGCUUUCUAUUUACCAGGUCUUGCCCCUGUCACAUACUGCGCAAAGGAUGCAACAGGUGCAGGAAACUCUAACUGCAAGUCUGAUAUACCAAUAUAUGUAAACAGGCUCAAUUCAGUUGAAACUAUUGUGCCUUAUGAAUAUCACAAGUUUGAUUUCUGUACUGUGGAUGAAUCUGAUUCUCCAGUGGAAAAUUUAGGUCAAGUUGUGUUUGGUGAAAGGAUAAGGCCUUCCCCUUAUUCCUUGUCGUUCAUGAAAAAGGAGACAUGCAAAAACGUUUGUCAGAAGUCUUAUGACCCAAAUAAACAUGAAGAUAAGGAGCGAUUGAAGUUUUUAAAGAAAGGAAUAGCCAACAAUUACUACCACCACUGGAUCGUAGAUAACAUGCCCAUCACUUGGUGUUACGAUGUGGAGAACAAUCAGAAAUACUGCUCCAGGGGAUUCCCCAUAGGUUGCUUUGUGACAAAAGAGGGGAAAAGGAAAGAUGCCUGUGUAAUAAAUGGUAAAUAUACAGAAAAAGAAACAUAUUAUUUCUUCAAUCAUCUGGAUAUAAAAAUCAUGUACCACAUCCCAGCGGACUCGGAAUGGGAUAGCAGCUUUGGUAACAUAGGGGGAAGGAUUGUGUCAGCCAAGGUUACUCCUAGAAGUAUUAAAUAUCCUGAGAAAGGCCCCUUCAAGUGUGAUGACAGUACAAGCCCCAUGGGUAUCCCAGCAAAUGUGAAUCAACCAUUCAAGAUGAACUACACAUACUCUGUGACUUGGGAGACCAGUCCAGUGAAGUGGUCAUCCAGAUGGGAUUAUAUCUUGGAGUCCAUGCCUCAUUCCAACAUCCAGUGGUUUAGCAUUAUGAAUUCGCUGGUGAUUGUGCUGUUCCUGUCGGGUAUGGUAGCUAUGAUCAUGUUGAGAACACUUCACAGAGAUAUUGCUCGAUACAACCAAAUGGACAAUUCUGAGGAUGCCCAAGAAGAAUUUGGCUGGAAACUUGUCCAUGGAGAUGUGUUCAGACCUCCAAGAAAAGGAAUGAUGCUGGCUGUAUUAAAUGGAAAUGGUGUUCAAAUAUUUUUCAUGAUGUUUAUAACUCUCAUCUUUGCCUGCCUGGGAUUCUUAUCCCCUGCCAAUAGAGGAGCUCUGAUGACUUGUACUCUGGUGCUCUAUGUUUGCCUUGGAACACCUGCAGGAUACGUGUCAGCUAGAAUCUACAAAAUGUUUGGAGGAGAAAAAUGGAAGUCAAAUGUCAUUCUGACAGCAUUCCUCUGUCCUGGAACUGUUUUUGGAAUAUUUUUCCUGUUGAAUCUCGUGCUAUGGGCUGAAGGAAGUAGUGCUGCCAUUCCUUUCUCAACACUUAUAGCAUUAUUGGCUUUGUGGUUUGGUAUCUCAGUUCCCCUCACAUUUGUAGGUGCAUAUUUUGGAUACAAAAAAAGGCCUAUUGAACACCCUGUCAGAACAAACCAGAUCCCAAGACAGAUUCCAGAUCAAUCGUUUUACACCAAACCCCUCCCAGGAAUAUUGAUGGGAGGUGUUCUACCAUUUGGUUGCAUUUUCAUCCAACUCUUCUUUAUUCUCAAUAGUAUAUGGUCACAGCAAACCUACUACAUGUUUGGGUUCCUGAUGUUAGUUUUCAUUAUACUUAUUGUGACCUGCUCCGAGGCCACGAUCCUACUGUGUUAUUUCCAUCUCUGUGCUGAAGAUUACCAUUGGUGGUGGCGUUCGUUCCUGACCAGUGGUUUUACAGCAGUGUAUCUGUUUGGCUACUGUAUUCACUAUUUUGUCUCCAAGCUGGAAAUACAUGGAGCAGCUAGUACCUUCCUCUAUUUUGGUUACACAUUUAUCAUUGUGUUCCUCUUCUUCUUGUUGACUGGAACAAUUGGUUUCUUUGCCUGUUUCUGGUUCGUCACCAAGAUCUAUGGAGUAGUGAAAGUGGACUAGGGUAAAUACAGUGUAUGUUACAGCCAUUCAUUGAGAUACCAGCAAUGGUCCAUCAUGGAGGGAGUACACUCAUAAAGCUCAUUAGAACAUGUCUGCCUGUGAUGUAUAUUAUAGGAGGAGAACACAAAAUAAGGAAUUCAUGCACAUGUAUGGACAACAUUUGUCCCAAUCAUGGAACUAAAAAUUCACCACACAGAAUAUGGUACAUGUAUAUACAGCGUAGUAGAUGAAAUUACCAUUUUUCAGAGAACGGAAUAGGGA